AUGGCGUCCCCCGUCGACAUGAUCAUCAUCGUGCUCACCAUAGCACUCCCCCUGCUCUUCUUUUUCCGCAACUCGCUCCCAUUCAUCGGCGGCCGCUCUCGGGACGGUGCCGAUGGCGCUUCGGCCGGCUCACUCAAGAGGUCGACUGCCGGUAUGGCCGAGGGCGACGAUCCCCGUGACUUUGUGGACAAGAUGGCGCGCGGCAACAAGCGCGCCGCUGUCUUUUAUGGAACCCAGACCGGCACUGCCGAGGAGUACUCGAUCCGUCUCGCCAAGGAGGCAAAGUCCCGCUUUGGCGUCUCGUCGCUUGUGUGCGACCCCGAGGAGUACGACUUUAACAAGCUCGACCAGGUCCCCAGCGACUCGGCUGUCAUCUUCGUUGUUGCGACCUACGGCGAGGGCGACCCCACGGACAAUGCCCAGCCCCUCUGGGACUUUAUUAUGGAGGACGGCGUCGAGUUCAGCUCGGGCGGCACCACCCUCGAGAACCUCAACUAUGUGAUUUUCGGCCUCGGCAACAAGACUUAUGAGCACUUCAACGAGGUGGCCCGCCGCAUCGACGCCCGCCUUUCCGAGCUCGGUGCCCACCGCAUCGGUGAGCGCGGCGAGGGUGACGACGACAAGGCCCUUGAGGAGGACUACCUCGGCUGGAAGGACGACAUGUGGGAGGCUUUCGCCAAGCGCCUCGAGCUCGAGGAGGGCGGCUCUGGUGACAUUGCCGACUUUGCCGUCACUGAGGUGUCGGACGUUGCCCCCGAGAAGAUCUACCACGGUGAACUUUCCCCGCGCGCGCUCCACGCCAGCGCCAGCGGCAACAGCACCCCCGUUGGUUCGUACGACUCAAAGAACCCCUACCCGUCCCCCGUCCUUGUCACUCGUGAGCUCUUUGACGGCCCCGAGCGCAACUGUGUCCACAUCGAAUUCAACACUACCGGCUCUGGCAUCACCUACCAGCACGGCGACCACUGUGGUGUGUGGCCCUCGAACCCCGACCUCGAGGUUGAGCGCAUGCUCUCGGUCCUCGGUCUCCUCGAGAAACGCGACAUUGCCGUCUCUAUUGAGUCGCUCGACCCGGCACUCGCCAAGGUCCCCUUCCCCGUCCCUGCCACUUACGAGGCCGUCUUCCGUCACUACCUCGACGUCUCUGCCAAGGCUUCCCGUCAGACCCUCGCCUUCCUCGCCCGCUACGCUCCCAACGACCAGGCCCGUGAGGCCCUCACCCGCUGGGGUUCCGACAAGGCUGCCUUCCACGACGAGGUCGACGGCCCCUGCCUCAAGCUUGCCGAGGUCCUUCAGAUCGCGGCUGGCGACAACGUCAAGGGCACUGCCCCCUUUACGUCGACCGUCUGGCCCAUUCCCUUUGAUCGCAUCAUCUCGACUCUGCCCCGUCUCCAGCCCCGCUACUACUCGAUCUCGUCGUCGUCCAAGCUGUACCCCCAGGCCAUCCACGUCACUGCCGUUGUCCUCAAGUACCAGUCGUCCACGAGCCAGGCUCACGACAACACCCCUCGCUGGGUGUACGGUGUGAGCACCAACUUUAUUCUCAACGUCAAGACUGCCAGCGACAGCCUCAGCGGCAAGCAGAACCACCUCAGCGUCAACGGACACCAGCACACCGGCGGCCUUGUUGGCGGCGAGGUCCCCAUCACCCUCCCGGAUUUCCCCCAGUACAAGCUCUCGGGCCCCCGUGACCACCACCUCCGCAACAACAUCUACCGCGUCCCCGUCCACGUCCGCCGCUCUGCCUUCCGUCUCCCCACCUCCCCCAAGGUCCCUAUCAUCAUGAUUGGCCCCGGUACCGGUGUCGCCCCCUUCCGUGGUUUCGUCCAGGAGCGCAUCGCCCUCGCCCGCCGCGCCAAGGAGAAGAACGGCCCCGACGCUAUCAAGGACUGGGCUCCCAUGCACCUCUUCUACGGCUGCCGUCGCGAGGACGAGGACUUCCUCUACCGCGACGAGUGGCCCGAGUACCUCAAGGAGCUCGACGGCAAGUUUAUCAUGCACAACGCCUUCUCCCGUGGCCCCGACCGCAAGCCCGAUGGCAGCAAGAUCUACGUCCAGGACCUCAUCUGGGACUCGCGCGAGGAGCUCACCCCGCUCAUCCUCGAGAAGCGCGCGUACAUUUACAUCUGCGGUGACGCCAAGAACAUGGCCAAGUCGGUCGAGGAGCGCCUCGUCCAGAUGCUCGCCGCCGGCAAGAACGGUACCCCCGAGGUGGAGGGUGCCAAGGAGCUCAAGCUGCUCAAGGAGCGCAACCGCCUCAUGACCGAUGUCUGGAGCUAG